AUGGAUGUGGUUGCUGCCUGCUUCAAGAAUGCUGGUUGGCCAGGAGCUAUGGACUGCUUUGACUUCUCAUCAUGGUGCUCUGAUAUUGGUAGCUACUGCACGUCAGCCUCAAGCCGUGGUGGCAAGUGCAACAAGGGCGACGCCUGGAAAUCGAAGCCGCCUAAGGGAGGCAACUCGCCCACAACAUCCACAUCUGUCUAUACUUGCAAGCCGACAUCCACAUCUACCACAUCCACCAAGAAGACCUCAUCCACGUCAAGCUCAACCACCAAGUGCCCUGUGCCGACUGCCACUGGAAUCUGCAAGCAGCCUACCAACAACCAGUAUGGCUAUGGCCCAGGCAACCCAGUUGGUGAUAUCGACCUGCCUAUCUUGACGUGCAACGACCUGAAGGAUGACUUUUCCAAGUAUCCCUUCAAGCUGUACACUGAUAGCGAUUCCAAGAAGUGCGGUGGUUACUCCCGCCCCUCAGUCCCCAACGCCUGCGCGGACGCCUGCAAGGCACAGUACGACCAAUGUCAGGAUACCUACGCGACGGGCUGCAAGGAGAAGAACGGCGUUGGCAGCAGCAAGAGCGGAAGCAGUGGAAGCAGCAGUUGGUGGCCGUUCUGGAAGCGAUCCGCAUUCCCAGGCUCGUACUUUGACUACAUCAAGGCGCCCAACAAGCGUACAUUUGGCUGGACAGAUACGUACACCACCGCCUCGUCGAAGUGCACUGCCCAGUACAAUGACUGCCUGAGCCAGAAUAAGGGCGUCAGUGCUGGGACUAAAUGUACCAGCUAUGGCACUGGCUGGUGA